CAUUCACUUGUUUCCAAUCUCCGGCUUUGUGCGGAUCUUGUCGCUCAUCGAGAAAUUCUCCAAAGACGGCCUUCAGCUUACUGUCCGCCACCCAAUACGACCGCACUGCUCUGGAUGGCUUGACUCCUCUUACAUUUGCUUCCAAUACUCCUAAGGGACCUGAUCUAGUCGACGGUAUCGUCAGUAAGAUCUGUAGCUCGAAAAUCGGAGCUUGUUACCUGCCUUGCGUGCGGAACCCUUGAAACACCUCAUCUGAUACUGUUCAACCAAUCAAGUAACGAAGACGUGCCCGGCGGUCCAGGCUCUGAAACCGUUGUAAACUUGUAGCACUCCGACGUCCAUCCACGGAAUACACCUCGAUGCAGGUGUAUGCAGGACUAUUGUAAUUCGACAAAUACUUCAUCUCUGGGUAGAAGGCUAUCUAUGAAUCUUUGCUCGUAUUUGAUGCGAGUGACUUCGCGACUUCUUUCAUUUUCUUCCCCCGCGGACCAAGAGGAAGAGAAGCUAACGACACAGAGUAAAUCUGAGCAACCAUUGCGUCAAGAUCACUGGAGCAAUUACUCUAUCGACAUUUCUGCUACACGGGAGUCCUGCUAAUCUUCACGUCUUCGCGCAACUACCCCUUUUAGAACGGCCAUCAAUACAUAUGCCAGCAUAUGCCUCGCGAUCUGAGGGAUCUGCCAAGCUGUUUUGUUCCUGGAUCUUUUCAUGUGGAUUGUGUCUCUCUUACGCGUGCCGAUUGGUCACCGAUGUCUGUCACGGGCAUUUGCUCACAGAAG